AUGGCGGCGCGCGCGAAGAAGGACGCGUUCGACGCCGCCGCGCUGCGCAGCGCGCUGUCCACGCCGAGCACCAUCUCGAGCGCGGGCGCGACGGACGUCAGCGGGCACUCUCGAUCCGCGGACUUCGUGGCCGCGUUCGAGACGAUCUCGGAUCUCGCGCGAGGGCGCUCGUCGUCCGACGCCGGGGUCGUCUUCGCGAGCGUGUGCGAGAUCCUCCUCGACGCGGAGCCGGCGUACCUGGACGACGUCGGGACCGACGUCCUCUCGCCGAUGAUACGCGCCGCGAACGCGGUCGGCACGCCGUCCGCGGAGGCGACGACGUGCGGCGCGGUGGCCGUCAUGGCGAACGCGUGCGGCGCGCGAGAUCUCUUCGUCCUCGUCCUGGAGCAGCUGCAGCUGCGUCUGCGAGGGAUCGACGCGCCGCCGGCGACGGUGUACGGCGGCGGAGGGCGGCGACGCGACGACGGCGACGGCGACGGCGUCGGCGACGACGACGACGACGACGACGACGACGACGACGACGACGGGUGCCCGAAGGACGGAUGGCGACUCGCCGGCGCGUUGGCGAGCGCGUUGGCGUCGAUGGUGCCGCGGCUGAAGACGCCGGGCGUGUUCGUCUCCGACGCGACGCCGCUGCUUCGCGCGCUGUGCGUGGCCGCGUGCGAUGACGCGAGGGAGCGCGAGGAGGAGGAGGAGGAGGAGGAGGAGGAGGAGGAGGAGAUUAACGGCGGCGGCGGUUCGUCGGUCGGCGGCGACGGCGACGGCGAAGGCGACGGCGACGAGAGACGGUGGGCGCCGGCGAGGGAGGCGCUGCGCGGCGUCGCCGCGUUCGUCGCCGCGGCGUCCGCGACGCUGGGUAAACGCCUCGCGACGGCGACGACCGCGGACGCGACGACCGCGGACGCCGCGGCGGCGACGCGCGACCUCGCGCUCUUCGCGGCGGCGACGCGACCGGAUCGCGACGACGCCUCUGCCUCUUCCGCGUCGCCGCCGCCGCCGUUCCUAGCGCACUUCGACGCGCUUUGCCGCGCCGCGGGCCUCGGUGCGAUCCCGUCGCGCGCGCCCGACGACGUCCUCCCGACGUCGCCGAGCCCUCCGACCGCGGUCGUCGUCGGAUGCGCGCUGGCGGCGGCGCGUUGGUUCGAACACGCGGACGCCGUGACGCCGCUCCCUCAGCCUCUCCCGAGCAGCUCGCCGAUCGACCACGAGACCGGGGCGUCGAUGUCGAUGAACGCGACGUGCGUGUGCGGGCUCGUGAACGCGCUGACGACGUCGUCGCUGCGCCCGUGGCAUUUCCCCGCGGGCGUGGCGUUGGCGGCGGCGGCGUUUCGGCGAACCGCGGCGGCGUACGUCGCGACGGCGGCGAACGAAACGCUCGCGUCUCCGGCGUCGUUCUCGGUGUUCGACGCGGAAAUUCUCGGGAAAACGCUCACGACGCUGACGUUAACGCUGACACACGUCCCGGACGCGGCGAUGCGCGAGCGCGCGCGGCUCGCGCUGUCGCGAGCGCUUAGCUCCGUCCCGCCGACGGCGCGGUUCGACGCGAUACAAAAAGUACUCCGGGCGACGCCGCCGCCGUCGCCGGCGGUGACCGCGCUGUUGCUCUCCCGCGUCAAGCGCGAAGCCGCCGCCGCGGGCGACGCCGCCGCGGGUAACACUCGCGACCUCCGCGACAACCCGUUCUCGAGCGCGGUCGCGGUGGAUCUCGUGACACGAGAGGUGACGACCGCGCUGCGCGACGCGACGCGCGGCGCGGCGGACCCCGCGGGCGCGGCGGACGUCGCCGUCGCGGGUCUCAACGCGUUGCGGUUCUUUCUCAUGCGCGGCGCGGCGAGGAGGGGUCCCGACGGCGACGGCGACGACGACGACGACGACGGCGGCGAGCGCGGCGACGGGGCGUGGGAGAGGCGGGAGGAGAUCGUGGACGCCGUCGUGCGACCGGCGUCGACGUGGGCGACGGCGGAGCUCGCGAGGCGGCGCGUGUGCGGCGGGGAGGGGGACGACGAGAUCGCCGUCGCGUCGUUGAUGGCGUUGCAGCAGGUCGAGUCCGUGGCGGGGUACGUCCUGGAGUUCGUAGAGCAGCAGACGUCGUCGUAGGGAAGUACUGUGCGCGUACUGUAGAGACUAGUAGCUAGGCGCGACGCGCGAAGAUCAGAGCAGAGUACACGUACAGUG